UGAACCUGUGGGCUCGUCUCGCCCGCGCCAGACCUCUUCUCUCCUGGCAACCAUAUAUACCCAGGCGACCCUGGCUUGGUUCAGCACAGGAAACACUCAACUUGCCUCCCACUCCCGGCGCACCAAAAGCAACAACGUAGCUACAAGGCCACACGAAAACACGAUGGCCUGCGCCUUCUUCUUCGACACCGAGCCGGUCGGCGAGCCCGGCGUGCACGCCCUGGACGCGUGCGCGCUCUGCACCAAGCCGCUCGCGCGGGACAGCGACAUCUUCAUGUACAGAGGGGACACGCCCUUCUGCAGCGACGAGUGCCGCCACGAGCAGAUGCGGCUCGACGUCGCCUGCGCCAGGCAGGCCGCCGCCCGGAGGCAGAAGCAGUUUUCGCCGGGAACGGGGUCCGGGCGUGCACGCCGGGAGUCCUGGGAAGUGUCCGUCGCGAGCUAACCGGCGACAGCGGCAGGCUGGGUGUGCACCUGAGCAAACAAGAUCUGCGUGCGCGGGAUCGAGGAGACUCCUCCUUGGUUGAUGAAGCAAGACGCGGGUCGUCGGAGUUGCUCACAGCAGGCCGGCGGCCCCGCGCUGCAUGUGCCGCCGGUCAAGUGAUCUGGGCAUAAACGCAGCGGAAAAGGAGCUAGACCUGAUCUGACGGAGACAAUCAGACAAGAUUCACUAGCAAUUAAGCGGCCAUGUGUGCCCCUCGGCUCUCUUUUUUUCCCUGCGUUAAAUGUCACUUGUGUAUGAGAGCGAAUUUGCAAUAUCACUUUCACUUAGCAGACUACCAAGCGAUUCGA